GUGGAAGUCAGCCCCGCGAGUUGCCACCAAAAAGCAAAAAUUCGAAUACAACACAGAAAAUAAAUCAUAAAUAACACAUAACAUAAAACAAAGAGUUUCAAAUACGCGAAAUUCCUGUUAGUGGUUACACUGGAAAUAAAAACAAAGAAAUUUAAAUUCAAUUAACCGCCAAAGUGUGCAACAAUUAAAAUAUUUCGUGUGUGAGUGCGGUUGGUCAUAAAAGAAAAUCGUGCCGCAACAGCAGGCGACAAUAAAUUCUGCGGUUGGAUCGUUAAAAAUUCGUUUACCUGAAUGCAGCGAAACCCAGGGAAAGCGAAUGACAACAACAAUAACAACAACAACAGAAACAAUGCGCAAAUGCAAUCCGGCGCGUCAAGUGAAUUAAGCGAUUUUUAAAGCUUUACGCUAAAUGAAAUUUGGAUUGCCAAAGUGUUCACUUGUGUGUGCAAAUUAAAUUACGCAAAUCAAAUAAAUGUUUUAACGAAAGGCGAAAUAAAAAAUAUAAAACCAAACGGGGAGAGAGAAUCAAAUAAAAAUGUUGUUCAAAAAGCGCCAGCUACUGUGUAAAUAAUUCAACGAAUAUAUGCUGCAUUAAGCAUCGAUAAAAUUAAAAAUAGAACAAAACAAUUACGAAACAACGAAACUAAUAAAAUGUUUAUUUUAACGGUAAUUAAAUUGCUGCUGAUAGCACUGAAUAUAUUUCCCAGUCGCUUCACAAAUCGACGGAUUAUGUUCCUCAUCUACAUGACAAAUCUGGUGACGCACGUCAUGAUGGAUGAGCCACGUUUUGCCCAGCCGAUACCAAACGUCACUGUCGCCGUGGGUCGAGAUGCCAAUCUGCCCUGUGUUGUGGAGCACUUGGGCGGCUACAAGGUCGCUUGGAUUCACAUAGACAGACAAAUGAUUUUGACCAUUCACCGGCAUGUGAUAUCGAGAAUCCCACGAUAUAGCAUAACCUACACCGAUAACACGUGGCUGCUGCACGUGAAUCAGGCUCAUCAGGACGAUCGCGGCUACUAUAUGUGCCAGGUCAACACAAAUCCGAUGAUUAGCCAAGUUGGCUAUCUACAGGUGGUGGUGCCGCCAAACAUUUUGGACAUCGAGAGCACGCCAUCUUCGGUGGCGGUGCGUGAAAAUCAAAAUAUCAACAUGACAUGCCGGGCCGAUGGCUUCCCGGCCCCAAAAAUCAUUUGGCGGCGAGAGGAUGGCGAGGAAAUUGCCGUUGAAAAGAAAAAGAAAGUUCUCGUGUACGAUGGCGAUGUCCUGCCGCUGACAAAAGUGAGUCGCAAUGAAAUGGGCGCCUAUCUGUGCAUCGCCACCAACGGAGUACCGCCAUCGGUGUCCAAACGGAUCAUUCUCGACGUGGAGUUCUCGCCCAUGAUUUGGGUGCCGAAUCAACUUGUUGGCGCUCCAUCCGGCACAGAUGUAACCAUCGAUUGCCACACGGAGGCGCAUCCCAAGGCGAUCAUCUAUUGGGUAUACAACUCGGUGAUGGUAUUGCCUAGCAAGAAGUAUAAAACCGACUACACGGAGAACUCCUAUCGUGCCCACAUGAAGCUGACGAUAAGAAACCUACAAUAUGGUGACUUCGGCAACUAUCGAUGCAUCUCGAAGAACUCGCUGGGGGAAACGGAAGGCUCCAUACGUGUUUACGAAAUACCUUUGCCAUCCACACCAUCCAAGCAGGUCACCCACACCACCGUGGAAUCCAGGGAGAACAAUAUCAUACCCUCGUCACGCAACGACACAACGAAAUCCAUGCAAACGGAUGUGGGAUAUGCCAUAAAGAACGAUUUAUAUCCUGGAUCGGCCUCCUCGUCAUCUUCGGGGGCAAGUUCCUCGGCGGCCUCCUCGUCUUCGACCUCAAUGCAAACCUCUGCAUUGCCGGGAGGAGCGGCGGGAAACAGUCUAUCCUCUGUGGGUUCCAAGGGAUCCCUGGCGAUAGGAAAGAGCAUGUUCUACACAGAACGACCACCGAAUGAGUACGCAUCGUCAGUGGCUGGCCUGCUGCUCCAUAGAGUACUGCUGUUGGGCUCCGGAAUCUAUCUGACUCUGCUUUGAAAUCAAUAAGUCGCUUGAGUUACUCAAUAAGCAUUUCGAAAAUGCAGCCAAAGGGGAUCUAGAAAACGGGGGUUAGAUUAGGUACAUCUACAUAUUUCAUAGCUGAAAGUAUAUCAAAACAAACAAUAAUAAAGGUAAACUACGAAAAUGCUUCAAACUUGGCUCACUUCAAAGCUAUAGGAAUUUGUAUAAUUAUAAAAUCGAAAACUAAAGGAGAUUAAGUAUUUUGCAACACAAUAAAAUGCUCAUUGUAUGUAUAGUAUUUAUAAACUGUAAGCUUAAAAUAAGCCAUUACAUCAAACCUACAAAAUCGGGUGAAGUAUAAAUUGUAAAAUAUAUUAACUUAAACUUAAAUUUAAGGUUGCAUUGAAAGAAAUAGGUUUAUGCAUAUGAGUAAAUUGGUUAUUAUAAAUUGCUUUAAAGCAAAGCCUUUCUAGAGCGCGAAUAGUUCUAUAAAUACUUUAUUUACCUUAAUGUUUAUUUUAAAAGAUCGCAGAGAAAAAGCAAACAUCAUCAUAUCAAGAUUUAAAAGUUAAAUAAUUGCUUUUAUUUUCAACAUAUCUCAAGUUCAUAUCUAUAAAUUUUUUACCGAAAAAUGAGAUGAUAUUUAAUAUUCCACAUUUUGUUUUAUUACUUGUGUUUUUAAUUUAAGUUUAACGAAUGACACCUCAAUUAAAAAUAUUAAACUUUUGCCAGCAAUUAAAAAAUGUUUUAUCAAGAGCGGAUUUUCUCAUUCAACCAAGGACAAUAUUAUCAACCCCUUUUCGAACGGCAACAAAAAAAUCAAUUUAUUUAAUGAAAGAAAAAGUCGACGGGAUGUCAAGGCAGCCACGCCCCCGCUCCGCCCACCGAUGGUUCUGAAUUUUCGUGACAUUUAAACGCCUUGAAAACGUCAUUCAUUUUAACAAUUUCGUUGCUGCCGCGCGCUAUGGUAGAAAAAAAUGCAAUAAUAAUUUGCAAUGCCUUGAUUCCGCUUCCUGGCUUUCGGCCUGCUCGUCAUCAUCGUCAUCGUCAUCGGCUUUUGUGCACUUCCAUCACUUUUUAAUAAAUGUGCAUGCUAAUUAUAUUAUUACUCAUACGACCCGUUGCCAUGUGUCCUGUCUGCUCCACGCUCCACCUCUUUCUGUCACGCUCUCUCCCUCCGUGCGAAAUACUUGCAAUUAAUUUCAGCAUAAAAUUGCGUGGCCUGCGGUCUCCUGGCCCCGCACUCUGACACACAGUUAACAUGUCCAAUUUAUUGGCCAUAACUCAUGCCCGCUGCCCGUUGCUCGCCUGCAAGGAGUGAGUGAGAAGGAUCGGAUCGGAUCCAGAGACAGACAGCGGCGAUAUCGACGGGGCAAAGAAAAAUGACAUUAAGGCCAUAAGAUAUAUAGCCCAUUUGCAUACAGGUUCAUGUAUAUGUACACAUUCAUGUAUAUGUAUAAACAAGGAGCGAGGCGCAGAUGGGGGUUGCAGGUUAAAGGCCUGCCAAUUUACUGUAUUUAUGCCCAAGCGCCGUCGUUGCACGAUUUUAAUAAUUCAACUUGUGUUGCAUAAAGUUUGCAUUGACAUAAACAUAAUGAAGGAUGGAAAACCGCAUGCGAAAUGGCCUGGCCAACAGAUCCAUCCUCUUUCUCGUUCUCUCUCUCUCGCUUAUUAACAUUGUUAAUGCCAAAAGGAGAAAAGCACAUUCAGCGUUGAAAAUAUUGAUAAUCAACAUUGUGCCCUGGAUGUGUCGACGUCCUGACAAUAACAAAAUUAAUGUAUUUUAUUUAAUUUCCCCCGCAGACGAAGGGAACCGGAAAAUAGGUUCGCCAGUGCAGUUAACUCGAACAAUGCAGCUAAUUAAGCAUUAUAAAUGCAGCUGAAAAGACGACAGGCCAAGGAUAUAUGACAUUCUUUGGGGAGUCGUAGAUUUUCCUCGGUCGUAAAAUUGAUCAAUAUUUAUGCAUUUAUAAUUUAUUUAAAUUGCCUGAAUAAUGAACUAUAUGUUCACGCUGUUUUCAGUGUUCAUUUGGGGCUUCAAUGAAUUGUUCGUCAAAUGUUUACAAAACUCAACCGCACAUUUCGUUUUAAUUAGUAAAUUGCACUAAUUAAAGUUUCAGUUAUUAUUGUAAAUAAACCUUUUUAAUUGAGGUCAUAACAUUUUUGAUGUAAACACAUACAGAUGUAAAUAAAUGUUGGGGGUUAGCUACAUGUAAAUAUAAGAAGGUAUAAUUAAAGCAUCAAACACUCACUUCAUAAAACAAUAAUUAAAAAAUCAUCCAGUAAAUAAUCAGAAGUACAUGUAAUAGUCUAAAACUCUGGCAAAUAGUCUACAUUACCAAAGAAAAAAAUUAUGUAAAGUUCGGAAAAUAGAACAAACAUAACUGGCGAAACAAAAAAUAUUUAUAAAAUUAUAUAUGUAGUCCUUACGAAGUAAAUACAUUGUUUGUUGCCUGUAUCUAAAAAAAUAGCUGAACAUCAAAUAAAUAAUAUGUAAAAUGUUUAAAGCUUUUGUGCAAAUAAGAAGAACGGAUGUGUUUUCCUAUAAACAAGUUGGCAUUGUGUAAAGUAAAUAAAAGCAAAUAAAAAUGCAGACAAAAAUAUAUUUCUGGGUUAUAAAUUAUUGGUAAUUAUUUAUUUUAUUAUUAUGUGAAAUUUUUGAAUUUGAAAUCAAAAUUUGUUAUUUGUAAAUUGCAAAAAAAAAAUAUAUUAAAUGAUUUAUUUUAAUCUCAAAUAACUUUUUACAAAUUAGCGGACCAGUUCCUUUUCAAUUCAAGAGGCAAUUAAUUCUGCAACAAAAAAGCUGAGCUGAGUUUUCAACGCUAAAAUAUUGUAAAAAAGCAAAAAAGAAAUUAAGGUAAAUUAAAUUAAUCUACGAUUAAGAUUAAUAAAAUUAAAUUGUAAGCAGUUAUAUUAUUAUGCGAUAAUAAUUAAACAAUAAAACUUUAGGUGGAUUGAUACCAAAAAAAGAGAACCGAAAGAAAAAAACAAA